AUGCUUUCAGCACGACUCAUGCGCGCCGGCGCCACCAGCAUCUGUCUCCGCAGCAUCCCGGCUGCUGCUCGGCUUCCCCUCGCUCGCCGCUGGAACUCUUCGCUGCCCCCGCAGCCACCACAGCCUCCGAAAAAACAGUCUUCGGCCAAUACCGCCUUCUGGAAAGAAUUCGGCCGGCCCAUUGCCAAGGUCCUGCUCAUGGCCGUCUUCACCUACCAACUGGCCUACUACGGCUGGGCAAGGCUGGAGCAGGACGAGAUCCGCUCUGCACGCCAAGCGGAGGUGGAUGCCCUGGAAGCCCAGGUCAAGGACUUGCAAGAUGCCCAGAAGAAGGCUACUCAGCCAUAA